AGCCUCCCCCUUUUCGUGCCACGCAAGAUGAAGCUCACCACCACUCUUUCUGUUCUUGUCGCUUCCGCGGCUACCGUCUGUGCCGUGUCUCUGCGCGGUGCGGACGGGUUGGGCAUCGAUCGUCGUCACGGCGAGCACCACAUCCAUCAUGGCGAGGGAUCGCGCCCAAACCAUCCGGGCGGCCACGCCUGGCCUUCCACUCGGACCGCCCCUUAUCACCCCGCCGAAACAACUCCGCUCAGUGCCGCGGCAGGUGCUGUUGGUGCUAUCGUAGCGCCGAUGCACGUUGACGGGUCCACCAGCUUCCCUUCCAGCGGCAACAACAGUGCAGCGUCCAACCUGACUCUGCAUGGCUUCGGCGGCUCUGGGAACUUCGCUGGGCCUGGCUCAGCAGCGUCGGGAGCAGGGUCUGCUGCUGCUGCUGGAAACCACACCAAACAUGGGGAGUGGCAGUGGGGAUUCUACAACGCCAGCGCUAAUGCGGCCUCGGCGGCAGCAAUCACCAACCCAAACGCCACCAAUGUCACCCUUACAUCGAUCUCUCACGCCAACGCGACCACAUUCGAAGGGCCGCAUGGGCUGGUGACAGUUGCCUACGCAGAAAGCCGGAGCAUCGCCACGUCUCUUCAAGGCGACCACGCGGAAUACUGGGCACAUGUGACGAGUUCCUCGGGGCCGUGGGCCGGUGACAAUUGGAUACACGGCGACCACGGUGGGUGGCACAAGGGCCAGGCAUAUGGGAGUGCCGAGUACGGCAAGUUUUCGGCAGAGGCGGCCGCUGGGAAUGCUUCCGUGUACCUCUCCGCUACUGAUCCAGGACCGCCGUAUGUCACCAGCUCCCUCCCGCCACAGCCCAACCCGCCAGUCGCCCUCGAUGCGACACCCAACGACGAUGGAGUCGAAAUCAGCCUUGCUAGCGGCGUAGGCGUCCCGAGCCAUUACACCGGCUUCGGCGUCGCCUUUGGGUACGGCCCGGGCCCCGUCUUAACCAACGCGACCUUUACACCGAACAAUAUUGAUAUUGAAAAUAGCGUAACAGGAUAGCCCUACUUAUGCCUCCCUGGAAAGGCUACAGCUAGUUAGCACGCAGUAUAAACAAUCUUGAAAUUCUAAACCGCAGCUAGAGUGCGGCCCUCGAAAUGCGGGGGUUGCCACGCGUGUCGUGCAGACCAAUCGACGCCGACGACUUAGCAUGUACCGCGAUGAAGCUUUCCUUCCCCUCUCAACCCUC